AUGGAGAUGGUGUUGGAGAUGGGACUGGGAUUGGAAGAUAAGUGGUCCAACCCAUGCCCCCCAUUACCUGGGACUGAGUCAGGAUCCUCUGCACCCUUUCCAACCCUGCCACCAUCUUUCCUGGGUACCCCAGACCCAGCCCACUUGGGCCUCCCUGAGGGCCUGGCCUCUGUCACUGUCCCCAUCCGACUGGAUGCCCUCUCCUACCUCCUGCACAGUGCCCUGCUGGGGGCCUACAACCUCCAACAGUCCCUGACCUGCCCCUGCUCUCCUGAGACCUGCUGCCCCCAGUCAGGUCCACCUAGCGGGCAAGGGGUCAGGGACAUCCAGCAGAGGCGUGGCUGUGGCCAGGGGCAGGGCCAGCGGCGGUUGGGGCGUGGGCGAGCUGAGAAGCCCAAGAGAAGAUGGCCAGGGGGCUCUGGGGCUGGCCCCAAGACCCCGCUGGUGCCACCAGUGCCACCACCACCUCCUGCCAAGAAUGAGAGGAAGGAAGCCCAGGAUCUGGAACCUCCCCCCGACAUUCUACCCGCUGCCGAGGAGGACUGGGAGUCCGAGUACUAA